AUGUCCAAUAUCAUCUACCUCGCCGUUUUCGCCAUGGUCGCUGCUCUCGCUUCAGCUCAAUACAUCGACCCUUUGUUGGUGCCUCCUCCAGUUAUCCCUCCCGUGGCUCCGAUUCUCCCUCCCGUGGAUCCCAUUCUCCCUGUCGACCCCAUCGUCCAACCGUAUGGCACUGGACUGGGCUAUGGACGUGCGGGUCGUAUCAUCGCCGCUGAACGCGCCAUCGAAGACGCGGCCAUUCUCAACGCCGAAGCUUCCGCUCUCGUAUAA